UUUCUUAAUUCAUCUUUCUUUCUCAUUCUCAUUCUCUGUCUCAUUCCGCAUUCUGCUUGAAUUUUAAGCCAUGACUAUUCUAACCAUUGACAAUUUCAUCAACAAUGAGUACGUAAAGCCCAGCCGAGGCCUUUACCUCGAUUCACUAGAACCCGCCCGUGCCAUUACUUUUGCCAAAGUUCCUGAUUCAACCAAAGAAGAUCUUGAGCUUGCGUAUAAAGCCGCUGCUGCUGCCUUCCCUGCCUGGUCCAAGACUACUAAGGAACAUCGUGCCAAAAUCAUGUACAAGAUUGCAGAUCUGAUUGAAUCCCGCCUCGACGAGUUCGCCCAGGCUGAGUCUAAGGAUCAGGGAAAGCCUGUAGAGGUGGCCAAGACCAUGGAUAUGCCCCGUGUCCUCGCAAACUUUCGCUUCUUUGCGGGAUCUAUCCUUCACAGCAGAGAGCAUGCUACAGAAGCCCUUGGAGCUCUUAGUUAUACGCAGCGAGUGCCAAUUGGUGUAGCAGCAUUAAUCUCACCCUGGAAUUUGCCACUAUACCUUUUGACAUGGAAGAUUGCACCUUGCAUUGCCUGGGGAAACACGGCUAUUUGCAAGCCCUCUGAAUUUACGUCAUACACAGCCCAUCUUUUGACCUCGGUUCUAAAGGAAGCAGGUUUACCUGCGGGUGUUGUGAAUAUCGUUUAUGGAACCGGUAUGGGAGUUGGUCAAGCCAUGGUUGAGCACCCACGCAUUCCUAUUGUUUCAUUCACAGGUGGUACGGUCACAGGUGCAAAGAUCAUGGCCGCCACUGCUCCACACUUUAAAAAAGUUUCAUUGGAGUUGGGUGGUAAGAACGCCAACAUUGUAUUUGCAGACUGCGAUUUCGAAAAGGCCUUGAAAACGAGUGUGCUCUCUGGGUUCGCAAACCAAGGUGAGAUUUGCCUUUGUGGAUCGAGAGUCUUUGUCGAAAAGCCCAUCUAUGAAAAGUUUGUACAGAGAUAUGUUGAGGCUGCUAAAGCACUUAAAGUUGGAGACCCCAGUUUGAAGGAUACAAACUUGGGAGCGCUGAUUUCGAAAGAACAUUGGGAAAAAGUGAUGAGCUAUAUCAAAUUGGGUGUGGAGGAAGGCGGCAAGAUCGAGUGUGGAGGACAGAAACCGGCGUCACUCGCAGAAGAAUUUCAAAAUGGUUAUUUUAUGGAGCCAACCGUCAUAACUGGCUUGACUCCGUCUUGUCGUACAAUGCGCGAUGAAAUCUUUGGACCUGUUGUGACGAUUUGUCCUUUUGAAACGGAAGAAGAAGUAAUUCAAUAUGCCAACGACUCUGAUUAUGGUCUCUCAUGCACAAUCUGGACUGAGAAUGGUCGCCGUGCUCGCAGGGUGGCAAGCGAGAUCCAAGCUGGAACUAUCUGGGUGAACACUUGGCUGGCACGUGAUCUGAAGAUGCCAUUCGGAGGGUUCAAGAAGAGUGGUGUAGGACGUGAAGGUGGUGAAUAUUCCUGUGACUUUUACACGGAACUCAAGACCAUUUGUCUCGCAGGCUGAAAGAGCCUUGUCAUAUUUAUAUAUAAUGCAUCAAUAUCAAUUCUAUUAAAAAAUGAAAAAUAAAAAAUAAAAAUUUACAAAAAAAAAG